UGCUAAAUAAUUGAAACACUCCACCGGCGUUCUCAAUCAUUUCGUUUUCCUUAUCGCAACAACAGAGGAAAAUAAUUAUACCCCAGUUAUCAAGUUAGCAAGUAUAAAUGCAAAUAUUCCACGUAUUCUCGCCGAAUAUUCAGUAACUGUAGGAAUAAAUAAAAAGAGUUGAGGUUAUGAAUUAUUUCCAACUGAUUGGGAUGCUCUAAGAGAGGUCGUUGGUCCGUCCAGAGCUCUAGAGAUUGUGCAAGAUAAAUCCAAAAUAGGAAAAGUCGACAGGAAUAUGUGGGUGUACAGCUUCAUCUGAACACGCGGGGAAGUCGUACAAGAGAACUGGGAUAAAAGUAACACAUAUGCAUUUUUAGAACUUUUUUGAGGAAUUGUUUUUGCUGUCUACAGCCAUGUUCAUCAGGUGCAUCAUAAUUUUAUUAGUCACCUCUCGGUCUUUUGGGGAGGAUUAUUACGAACUUUUGGGGCUCGAAAGAAAUGCUGAUCAGAAGGCCAUUCGACAGGCUUUCAAAAAAAUUGCUGUUACCCAUCAUCCUGAUAAAAAUAGUGACGAUCCAGAGGCCCACAUAAAAUUCGUAAAAUACACAACAGCCUACGAAGUCCUGAAAGACUCAGACCUGCGUAAAAAAUACGAUCUCUAUGGAGAGGAAGGUCUGAAUGGCCAAAGCACCCACCAGAACUACCACUCCUGGUCGUAUUAUCAGGACAAUUUCGGAAUUUAUGACGACGAUCCACAAGUCGUCACCCUAAAUAAGAACAAUUACCAUGAGAACUUCAUCCACUCUGAAAAGAUCUGGAUGAUAAACUUCUAUUCCCCGAUGUGCAGUCACUGCAGGACCCUCGCUCCCACCUGGAGAAAAAUAGCAAAGGACUUUGAGGGAGUGAUAAGAGUGGGGGCAGUCAACUGCGAAGACGAUUGGUUCCUCUGUCAUCAACUGGGCAUCCAGUCUUACCCAACCCUCCUCUUUUACCCCAGGAAUAGUCAGUCCGGCAUUAGAUUCACCUCGAGGAAGACCUACGAUGAAAUAUCAGAUUUCAUCAUGUCCAGGCUUGAUGUGAAUUUGGAAAAAUUAUCUCAAUGGAGUUUUAGUCGCUUGAUGCAGGAUUCCAGGUCUAGGGACAAACCCUGGUUAAUUUUUACGUGUGGAAAACACCGAGAGUGCUUUAAGGAUGAGGAUCAAAUGAAAAUUUCCGCAAUUUUUGAGAAUAUUCUGACGGUUGGAGUCUUUAACUGUGAUAAAAACCACUGCGAUGAUCUUCUGGAGGCCUCCACAUCAGCUGUGUUCCUUCCCGACGGAACUUAUGAGUCUAAAUCGCCGGUCCUAUUCGAGGAACUCGAUAAUGUUGAAUCUUUGGUGCAUCAAGUACUCGAGCAGCUGCCAGAACCCAAGGAAAUGACUGGUGAGGAGUUUGAGAGGAUCAGAGAUGGAUCCGAGAGCGAUUCCGAGGGAUGGUUGCUUUGUUUUUAUAUCGGUCACGCUACCGAGCUUGACCUGCUCUUGAAAGCCCUACCCGGAAUAAUCCAGGACGUCAACCUGGCCAAGGUGAACUGCGGUCGCUACCCGGCGCUCUGCUCCGCGCUCUCCAUAAACCGCUACCCCAUGUGGGGUGUCCUGAAGCCCUCCGGCGCCUUUGAGUUAAGCCACGGGAAAGGUAAAAUAAAUGACAUAGCGAAAUUCGCCGAGAACAGUAUAAAAGCUCAGAACGUGUGGGCCCUCUCAGCCUCAAAAAUUUUGGCAAUUCUUGAGCGAAGAACCCAGUCUGAAGAAGUGUGGUUCCUUGAUUGGUACGCCCCUUGGUGUCCCCCUUGCAUGCAGUUUCUCCCAGAGCUUCGAAAAGCAUCUCUUCACUUUCAAAAAUCAACAAUUCAUUUUGGCACAGUAGACUGCACAGUCCACUCAUCAAUCUGUCGUCAAUACAACAUCAGAUCGUAUCCAACAGCGAUGCUGAUCAAUGGCUCAAUCACCUCUCAAUUCACCUUGCAAAAGACAGCGAGAAAUAUCGUCGAGUUCAUAAAGGAAUCAAUGAACCCAACAGUCCUGAAACUGACCUCGACUGUUUUUUAUGAGACCUUGGGAAGAAAGAGGAGCAAUACUUUAUGGGUUGUGGAUUAUUUUGCACCCUGGUGUGGCCCUUGCCAACAACUAGCACCUGAGUGGACGUCAGUUGCCAAAAUUCUUCAUCUUCUGCCAAAUGUCAAGGUAGCAAGCGUCGAUUGUGAAGCGUACACUGAGCUUUGUCGAGCUCAGGGUGUUCGAAGUUAUCCCACCAUCAGACUGUAUCCCCUAGGAAGUGAGGGACUGAAUCAAGUAGCGAUGUACAACGGUAACAGAGACGCAACCUCCUUGGUGAGGUGGAUCGUACAAUUCUUGGGGAUCAAAGUCAAGGAGUUGGGUGAACGUGAUUUGGAGAGACAAGUGAUUAAUAACAAGAAGGAAGUUUGGGUGAUCGAUUAUUAUGCACCUUGGUGUGGACAUUGUCAAGUACUUGAGCCGCACUUCGUUAUUGCUGCACAGAUGCUCGAGGGGAGGGUUCGGUUUGGUAGGGUGAAUUGUGACGAGCAUUUGACUACUUGCAGACGAGCUGGGGUUCAGGCCUAUCCGACGGUUAUUAUUUAUCAGACUGACAGCCGGAAGUUGCAUGCAGGGCAAAAGGUGGAGAGCACGACUGCUGAGGAGAUUAAAGACGAGGUAAUAAGGCGGAUGAAGAAUGGUGAAAGACAUGAUGAGUUGUGAGAGAGGUGUAGUGGUUCAUUGAGUGGCAGAUAUUGAGAGAUUGAUAUUAGUUUUGAUGAUUCAGUAUUUGUAAAUAUGGAGCUACGAUUCGUCCUGUAGAGGAUGGAAACCGAGGGUAGAGAGGCACGAGUAUUGUAGGGAGUAUGCUUGAAAGACACUCAGAUAGUGGAAAUACUUUACCAACAAAUUAUGUUUUGGUAUUUGCAGGUUUUUAAUUUUUUAAUGGAAUUUCCUGUUUUUUUAAACUAGAACUUCUAUUUAAUUAUUGGUAUUUUUAAUUUUUUUUGUGCAUGAAAUAAGUUUAAUGGAAUUAAAAAUAGACUGGGUGAGCCAAUAGUUUCCAGACCCAGUGAACCACCAGACUAAUCCAAAUUAUUGGCUGACUUGAUAAGACGUUCAAUCUUUGAUUGUCAAAGAAAAUUAAGGCUUCCAUUUGAAUGGGAAUCAUUUUAAAAGUAAAAAUAGUAAUGUCGUGAAGAUAAAAAUAGUGCAAGUGUAGGAAGAUGAAAACACAGAAUCUGAAAAACUGCUGAAAGACGAAGAUAUUGAACUAGAAAUAUUCACUUAGUAUUUUUAUAUGGUUUUUAUCCACGUGUACAUAAUCAAAUAUCCACAUUGUUUAGCAAAAAGAUUACGAAAAUGUCAGUUGCUGUUUCUCCGCUACAUUUUGAAAUAUUUAUACAAAUUUGAAAAAUAUCCUUCAUUAAAUACUCCGUUGACGCAUUUAAAACGAGAAAAUUUCUCCCCAUAGGGGAAUUUACAAACAUUGUUAAUGUAGACUGUUAGGGAAACAGAAUGUUAUCAUUUUCACGUGAUAUCAUCAAAUAAAUGGAUCAAUUGAACCUCA